AUGCUCUUCAAGAUGUUCGGCCUCAAGUUCAUCGUCCUCUCCCUCUCAGUGCUGAUAAGCCAAGCCCUCGCCAUCAACGUGAUCCUCUUCGCGAAGGGCCCCAAAAUGCCAAAGGAGGUGACAAAGGAGUGGGCGAUCCCAGCACACUCAUGCGACAAGCCAGAGAAGACAAUCGUUGAGAAGAUGGGCAGCUGGUCCAAAAACAAGUACACAGCCCAGAUGGGUACCGGCCAAAACGCACGGGUCGUCGUCAAGCCCACCAAGGAGCCAGACACGGAGGCUGCUGCCAUCCAGAUGCUUGGGGAUAUGGAGAGCAUACUGGCCAAGAACACCAAGAAGGGGUGGUGCGAGAAGCUCGUUGACAAAUUCAAGGGGGGUAAAAAGGACACCAAGAAGGCUAAGGGGAAGCGGAUGGCUAUGCGCAAGCGAGCUGCCAGAGCCCGACGAGAGGGAAAAGCCCGACGAGGCUACAGGGCCAAACGAGGCUCGAAAGGUUACUAG